AUGCUUCUCAGACUCCGCCUGGGUGCCAUGAACGGUGCCACCGCCAUUCUGUCUUCAUCAUCAGUAUCAUCAUCCCUAACCCUAAAAAACCCUAGGUUACUAGAGUCUUCGCACACAAAGCUGAUCAGUGGAGUUUCCUUCAAGAAUAGUCCCUUUCUUCCCACUCGCUUUCCCGGUGUCUCUAUCCGUUGCUUCGCUUCAGCCACCAUGGCUGUUGAUAAAAUCCGAGUUCAAAACUCCAUCGUCGAAAUGGACGGCGAUGAAAUGGCCAGGAUCAUAUGGAAAAUGAUCAAAGACAAGUUGAUAUUUCCAUAUUUGGAUUUGGAUAUAAAAUAUUAUGAUUUAGGGAUAUUGAAUCGUGAUUCUACUGAUGAUAAAGUUACCGUGGAAAGUGCUGAAGCAACUCUUCAGUACAAUGCUGCUGUAAAAUGUGCUACAAUUACCCCUGAUGAGACCCGAGUCAAGGAAUUUGGGCUGAAGUCUAUGUGGAGGAGUCCUAAUGGCACAAUAAGAAACAUUUUGAACGGUACCGUUUUCCGUGAACCUAUCAUAUGCAAGAACAUUCCAAGACUCGUUCCUGGUUGGAAGAAACCGAUUUGCAUAGGUAGGCAUGCCUUUGGUGAUCAGUAUCGUGCCACUGAUAUGGUCAUUAAAGGGCCUGGAAAGCUCAAAAUGGUGUUUGUCCCAGAAAAUGAAGAAACCCCUGUGGAGCUUGAAGUUUAUGAUUUUAGAAGCCCCGGCAUUGCACUUGCUAUGUACAAUCUAGAUGAGUCUAUUAGAGCUUUUGCUGAAUCCUCAAUGGCAAUGGCAUAUGGCAAAAAGUGGCCUCUUUACUUGAGCACCAAAAAUACAAUUUUGAAGAAAUAUGAUGGCAGGUUCAAGGAUAUAUUUCAGGAAGUAUAUGAAGAAAAUUGGAAGCAGAAGUUUGAAGAACAGUCAUUGUGGUAUGAGCACCGGUUGAUUGAUGACAUGGUGGCGUAUGCUCUUAAAAGUGCGGGCGGAUAUGUUUGGGCAUGCAAGAACUAUGAUGGAGAUGUCCUAAGUGAUUUACUUGCUCAAGGAUUUGGUUCUCUGGGCCUCAUGACCUCUGUUUUGUUAGCCUCUGAUGGGAAGACAUUCUUAUCUGAGGCAGCUCAUGGAACUGUAACCCGUCAUUUCCGACAGCAUCAAAAGGGACAAGAAACCAGUACAAACAGUAUUGCUUCCAUAUUUGCAUGGACACGAGGACUGGAACACAGGGCCAAACUUGAUAAGAAUGGAAAGUUGUUGGAUUUUGCUCACAAGCUAGAGGCUGCAUGCAUCGAGACAGUGGAGACCGGGAAAAUGACCAAGGAUCUUGCCAUUUUGAUCCAUGGACCCAAGGUUUCAAGGGAGUUCUACCUGAACACAGAAGAGUUCAUUGAUGCCGUCAAACAGAAUUUGGAGUCUAAGCUUCGUGCACCUACAUUACAAAGUAGUCUGUAG